UCAUUGUUAAAGCGAAUUCGCUAGCGAAAGAAAGUGAUUUUUACCGAGCUAUCACAAUCUUAAAAUGCAUUGUGAAAUAUUCACAUAAAAUGUCUACUGAAGACAGAGACGAGCGCGUUUCCAAAUUGGCUAUAAAAAUGUCAGCCUUGCGCGCACCGCCUUCCAAACAUUUCGACCUGGAGACGGUCACAGGUCGCGUAAAAGACCAAUACAACCGUUUGGGCAAACGAAAAACUUCGUAUUACAUCAAUCACCAAAUGUGGGAAAAGCGGCCAACAAUUUAUCAAGCAGAUAUAGACAAAUCUUACUUGUCUAAGAUUGCAAAAUUCCGCAAAGAGCUGUGUGAGCGGAAUCUGGAACUGAUCUGUGGUGCCUCGGAUAUCCGGCCCUCGAGGUUUUACAUGCCUCCUCCGGAGAUGACAAUUACCACGAUGUUUGAGUUCAACCGUCAGAGGAUGAUUGAGUUUUUGAACCCUGACAGAGAUCUCAUGGCAGACAUCGUCGAUGAUAUUCCGGUGUUCCGAUUCAAGCUCGGUGGUAUAUUAGUUCCCAAAAGUAAGAAGUGUAUCGUGACAUGCCGUCCAUUUCCAUUUCGAUACGGACUCGAAACCCUUCCCGACGGCAGAACGCUUAAAGUGAAGCUCACAAAGUCCGAACUCAGAAACGUGACCCCAACAGCCGUAUUCGAGGAAGGGUGUAUCCCUCUUGCGGUGACACACGUGCAUAGCUUGCUAACACCUGAACAGAAGGAGGCACAACUGAGAAAAGAAUGGCGUCAUUAUGCGCGAUACAUGUUUUCUCUCGCUCUUGGAGAAGCGGAUCAGAAACACAAUCUUGCUUUCAGUUGGUUCACGAGAUUUCGUCCAUUUUCGGUGGACCAUGAGAAAGACCUUGUUGUCAAAGAUAAACAUAGUCAGUAUGUGGUACGUCUUUGUAAAUAUCUUAAAGAGAGACGACAGCAAACAACACGUGAGGCUUUGCUCAAUAAGCUACAACAAGUUGAAGAAGAGCUUCAGCACAGCAAGAUGGAAAGAAAAAUAGAGAGUAUUAAGACAGAAGUUGUGCAGCUGGAAGCGGAAACGAAAUCAGAUAACACAAAAGCUGCUGCGCUUCUAAGAGCAGACACACAUAAACGGGAAACGAUCGGAAAUGAGUUUGAGAAAAUAGACAUUCUCACAGCUCUAAAGAAAGAAAACAAGAACGAAGAGGCAAAGGUAAAUUCAACGAAAAUCGCUAAAAGUAAGAAAAGUACCUUUGUACCAAGACCUCUGCCACCGAUACCAAUACCGACUGAAGAGCUGAAAACAAACUCCAUCCAACCAAAUAAAGCUCAGACAACCGGUGUUGUUUCUCGACCUCUUCCAAAGUUGCGAAAUGAGACAGCAGAGCUUGACAGAACUUCAAACCCGGAAGCAGCAAAAAUGGAAGCAGACGCCUCAUCAACCGACACAACGAUUCUGUUGCGCAAAAAGCCAACUCUGAUUGAAGUGAAACCAUUCGCGAAUGGGGCCCCAACUGUCGAAAGAGAAUUAAAGGCUGAAAAGGUUGGCCGAACACUUUUUAUCAAUGUUGAGCCCAAACCCGAACAUGUUCUUUAUCAGAAGAAAGCCAUCGAUGCGAUUGCAAAAGACAAGUGUGACAAAAUCCACAAUAAAGCAUUCACUGCAGAUCUCUUGGCAAUGACAGAAGAUAUUCGAGUGUUUCGGGGUCAUUUGCUAGAGGCGUUUGAGAACGCCAAAGACGAUUUUCUUCAGAUGGAAAACUUUGAGAUUCUAUAUAAAGGAAUGUAUCAACGAAUGUUGAAUGUUGUUCAGAGACAAAUCACCGCCUUCACGCGAGCUAGGCGCCUUGUGAACAGAUAUUGCAACAAUUAUGAUUUGUGGAUUACAAACCAUAUCGAUGGCUGCUCGGCCUAUGGGUUAUACACAGUAGUUUCAUCAUUGAAGAGUCAACUGCAAAACGAAGAGUCGAGACAACAUCCUAGCGAUGAUGGUGAACUUUUGAGACAAUUAUUAAGGAACAUAAUAGUCUCAAUUGAAUUGUUACAUGGCACACUAGAGAUCGUUGAAACUGCGUGCAAAAUUAAAAAGGCAUUGGUUAAUGAAGAAACUGAAACUAAAAAGCAGUUUGAAAAACUAUUCGUUGUAAAUGAGGAAGCCCACAUUGUUUUGGACGAAUGUAUGGGGUUAAAAACAAGAACUAACGUUGAGUUGUUUAUGGAUAUUUUCCGAUGCGAUGAUAACACUCGAGAGCUCAUGAACAAGAAACUAAAUAACCGAAAGGCUGCUAAAGAAAUGAGAUACAGAGAUGAUGAAACCAGACAGAGAAGAUUCAAAGAAUGGAUGAAUCUGUUGCAUACGCCUGUUUGCGAUCAAUCGACGGGAGCUACUGUCAUAAACAAGCCGAAGGAAAAGUGCAUGACCGUUCCUUUGUCAUCGAAACGAGAAGUGAUUGGUGACGAAAAAAAUGAAAUGUGCUAUAGCACCUCAUCUCCAAAUGAAGACGAUGACGAAAAAAAUGAAAUGUUCUAUAGCACCUCAUCUCCAAAUGAAGACGAUGACAUUGAUUUGGAAAAAGAUGAAUGCCUUUUAUCAGAUUUGGACGAGAAACCUAAGUGUGUAUACACAACGCAAAUACCCGGACCCAUUUCGAGUUGGCGUCAUAUUGGACCAAACGUUAAAUACAUGAAACCACGUUCUGAAGUAAACGGGCCACACUCGCUUGAAAGGAGAUCAACCCGUGUUCCAUUGAUAAAGAAAGGAAGCAGUGAAUAUUGGGGAACAGCUCAAGAGAGUGCCCACGCAAUUAACACUGUUAUGAACAAAGACUGGGGACAAGCGAAAGAGAGCUCUACCCUACUAUACAAGGCAAAAUCCACAUAUGAGAAUAUAAGUACUCAAAGAGAAGGAACUAAACAAAUAAACGCCGCCACAGAUAAGUUCAAUCCAAACGACCCAGAGUACAAAAGAUUAUUAGACUCCUUAAUAAUGUUACAUCGUUUACAGAAACAAGAAUUGCAGUCAAUGAAACGAAUGCAUAAAAAGCAUAUGCAUGAGUAUAAAAGGGAAGAGAACGCCUAUGAAUUGGAACAGAAAAUGUUAAAAAAGAAAAAUUCAAAACGAAGACAGGCUAUUACCAAAAUGAAAAACCUGUUGAAGGACCUUUUAAAACAAGCGAAAACCAAGAUGAAAAACAGGAUAACAAACAAGAUGGAAAAGCUUAUCAAAGGUUGCAACAUACUUAAAAGUAAGCUAAAGUCCAUUGAUGUUCUUAAAAAGAAAAAGAACGAAAAGGCAAAUACGAUAUCCAACACCAAACUGUCUGAAGAGCAUAAAUCAAGCAAUGAAAAAUCAAAUAAAGAUUCUAAAAAUAAAUUUGUCCAACGAAUGAAGAACAAAGGAAGCCCGGCUCUUCAAAGAAUAUAUCAAAAGAAUGCUUUAAGAAGAGAGAAAAAACAAGCGGCGAAAAGCGCAAAUGUAACGAUAACAAAACUCCUUAAUCGAUUGAAAAGAAAAAAAGAUCCAUCUUCCCAGAGUGGAUUAGACGCAUGCCAAAGUGGCUUCAAUGCAUGCCAGAGAGGCCUUAACAGUACAAAUAAAUCUGGCAAGAAUUUGAUUACAGAAACACCGAAAGACAGGUUUAAUCUUAAGGACCCUCAAUACAAAAGAUUAUUAAAUUUCUUAACAAUAAUACAUCGAUGCCAAAAACAAGAAUUGCUGUCAAUGAAACGGGCACAUAAAAAAGAGAUGAAAGAGUACACAAGGGAUGAGAAAAAAUUUAUGAAGGAAUAUUCUAAACAUGUAAAGGAAAUUGCAAAAAAUAAAGAGGCUAUUCAAAAGAAUCGUUUAGAAGAGAAGGAAGUAAAGAAAAUGUUUAAAGAAGUCGGAACCAUACUUGAACGUAGGCCCAAGAAAAUCACUGCUAAUAUGAAAAGGAACAGGAAGGCAACUGAAAAACGAAGAAACAAAGUAAACAAAAUAUUCAAAAAACGGAUAUCAGACAAGGGAAAAUCAAAGAAGGAUUCUCAAAAUGAAUGCAUACAACAAAUGAAGAACGAAAGUAGCCCGACUCUCCAAGAACAUCAAAAGAGUGAGGAAAACAAAGAGCUGAGGCAAUCGAAAAUCGCAAAAGCAACAAUAACGAAACUUCUUAAUCGAUUGAGAAUGAAGAAAGACACGUGCCAGAGUGGCUUAAAUGCAUGCCCAAAUGACUUGAUAAGUACAAAUAUAUCGGACAAGCAUUGUUUAAUAAAAGAAACCACGAAAGACGUGUUUAAUCCAAAUGACCCAAGAUACAGAAGGUUAUUAAAUUUCUUAACAAUAAUACAACGUUCCGAGAAACAAGAAUUGCAGUUAAUGCAAUGGAUGCACAAAAAGCAUAUCAAAGAGUAUAAGAGGGAAGAGAAAGAGUUUAAAAGGGAUCAGGAAACCAAACAUGGCUUAAAUAGUAGAGUUAAAUCGAGCAAGCAUUCUUCAACAACAGACGCCACCACAGACGUGUUUAAUCCAAACGACCCAGAGUACAAAAGAUUAUUAAAUUUCUUUACAACAAAACAUCAUGUACAGAAACAAGAGUUGCAGUUCAUGAAAUGGAUACACAAGCAGCAUAUGAAAGAGUAUAAAUGGGAAGAGAAAAUGUUUAAAAAGGAACAGAAAACAAGUGGCUCAGAAAGUACAGGUAAAUCGUGCAAUCAUCUUUUAACAACAAACGCUGCCACAGACGUGUUUAAUCCGAACGAUCCAAAGUACAUAAGAUUAUUAAAUUUCCUAACAGUAAUACAUCUUUCCCAGAAAAAAGAAUUGCAGGCAUUGCAGCGGAUGCAUAAAAACGAUAUGAAAGAGUAUAAAAGGGAAGAGAGUGCGUUCAAACGGGAACAGAAAACAAAAAGUGGCUUUAAAAGUACAGGUAAAUCGGACAAUAAACUGUUAACUACCAUGACAACAGUUAAAGAUGGAGCUGUUGAAUGCGUUACGAAUUAUACAAGUUCCAAACGUGCAUGUGGAAUUGGGGAAGCGUUGGGAAAUAUGAAACAUCAAGUAUAUCGGAAAGUAGACGCAUGGCUUGAACUGCAAGAAAAGAUCGAAAAAUCGCUGCGCGAACGGAACGUUUUAACUGAUCAGUUGUUAAAACGCAUUGAAGGACAUUCAAACCAAUCAUCAUUGACACAGUAUUCAUCAACGAUACAUUUUGUAUCGGAAAGAAAAAGGAUGAUGAAACAAAUGUCGGGUUUGCGCGUAAGGACACAAUUCAAGACUUUGCAUAUGCGCGAAUAUCGUUAUCUUUUUAACAGAAGGUAUAUGCCGCAUGAACAAACCAGCAAACUUGCUGGCUUUGAGCGGAAAAUGCUUAGCAAAGAAAAACAAUUACUUCUUAAAGAUGAUGAAAUUGAUAUUGCAUUUGAGCAAGUCAUAAUGCAAACGUCUAGACGGGUCUGCUUACUGAAACAGAGGAUAGAACGGUGCAUGGAAAACGAAGAAAAGGAUCGAAAGUUUUGUUUGAAAACAAAACACGUGGAUUUGAACAGAAUUGUGAAACAAUAUGACAAGAAUUUGAUAAAGUUUCAUCACAUGUACCUCUCUAUUGAACGUCGAUUAAGAGCCAAAGUAGCAAAUGUCAAAUAUGAACUUGAAAACAAUUUAAUUAGAAGUACAAUACUGUACAAACAGAUUGAAACAGUGUGUCCAACAUUUUUCGAGAAAUCCAAGUACACAGAUCUACAAUAUUUAAAAGAAUGCUAUACGAACAAGAAAGAGGAAAUAUUUAAUGCGUUUGAUAAAUAUGUAGAAAGCGUGUUAUCAAGUAUGUAUGAAGCGAUUUCUAAUAAAUAUCACAACGAUAUUGCAGCUUUAAAGCGAAUGGAUCUGCUAAAUAGAAAAUGUAUGACGGAAAUUUCUCAAAUCCGCUUGACUUUCUUGCCCAACAUUUAUGGCAUUUUGAAACGUAUGUCACAACAAGUUGAGGAUGUUCAGGAUUUGGUUGACGAUUACAUUUUGGAUAACAUCGACAAACCUUUUUUAUCGGAGAAACAGAAUGCGCACGAGGGAAAGAAACAUGCCUUCAAUGCAUUGAGGAAGUGGAGGGACAGUUACAGAAAGGCUGUUUUAAAAGAAUUUGAGAACAUGGAAAAGUCAGUCAGAAACCAGCUGUUGAACCAUUAUGAGCGCUAUUUUGACGAGGACAAUAAGGACAUCACAAGCAUGUGGUUGAAGCUUCUGACUUGGUUCCGAAUGCGAUAUUCAACAAAGGUUGGAUCAAAUCGAGUCCUUUUUCUGAAAAUGAUCGAAGCCACUCAAGGCCUGGCGUCACAUCCUGAGAGCCGAGCGGCGUUUACUGAAACAACAAGCCAUCCAGACAACGUUUUCAAAUGGAUGAGAAUGAAUUUCCCUCAGUUGAACACGCGCAAAUGCAGACGCACCACGCAAGUGUGUUUAAACGAGAAUGAUAUCGUCGUGGAAGACUUGGAAGACGGUUAUUGUUCGACCUCCAACAACUGCAGACCUGAGCUGCAGAAUCCAAUGGCGAGUGAUUUCAGUUAUAUAUACAAUUCUUUGUCGGCGAUUUGUUUAAAGCCAAAGCGGGAGCAAUACGACGCCUGGAUUCAGUAUUAUCUCAAGAAUACAAAACCUAAACCAAACGAAAGUAUCAUGCUGUCGAACGACAGUCGUAGUUGUACUACGCCACCUGAGAAAAUAGACAGUGCGGACAAUGAAACAAAAACAGAUAAUACAGAGACACAAAAACCAAAGCAGAAGAAAGUUGAGAAAAUGAAAAAGUCGAAGACAACGGACAUAAAAACUGCCAAGAAAACGGACAUUACAACAGACAAGACAAACGAAAAGAAGUUGAAGAAAACGAAACAGUUUAGCCAAAAGGAGAACACUGCAAAGAAGAGCUUUGGUAAAAAGCUAAAACAUAUGCUUCGGAAAAGUAUGCCUUUCCGAAAAGCUGUAUCACUCAACGGGAGUGAGAGUAAAGUGUCUGAUCGGGCGAAUAAUGUGUUACAAAAAGAUGAUGAAGCAUUAUUGCAAAACAAUGACCUUGUUCAGACAGAAAUUAAGGCUCCAAGUACGACUGAAGUAACCAUUCACCAAGAAAUAGACGUAAAUGAAUUUAAAGGACCAGAGAAAAAAAUGAAGUGGUGGAAAAGAGUUUUCCGCAAAACAAUAGCAAGAUCCAAGACGUCCAGCGGUAGAAACGGUAUCGACGAAGCCGUUGACGCAUUGGAACCAAGAACAGACUACGACUGGACAAAGGACCCGGGUUGGCAAAACGUUCAGCCGGGUACAAGUUCCGGUUUUGUAGCCGCCGAACCCCCCACGCCUGAGGAACUCGCAUUUAACGGGCGCGUAUGGUCGGAUACGGACUCGGACAGCGACUAUGAGGAUCACACAUCAGACGCUGAGCGCAAGGCGAAUUACGUCGACUCACUCCUUGCUCAACUGGACAAUAAUCAUCGAUCAGGGGCCGUCGGUGUAGAAAAGAACACCGCGGAAAACAGAGCCAUCACCGAUGCGAUCUACGCGGCCUUGGAUGACAUCUGGGACGAUGGCGACGGUGGUCUGUAAAGGGGUACUGCCGUUGAAGACGCCGUUGACGCUUCUCUUAUCGCUCAGCUGACGAUGAGAAAUCAGACAUAUUUAGACUUGUUAUAUAUAAUUCGUUGUAAUAUAUGUGAAUAUCAAAGCUCUGUGAUAAAUAAAGUGUCUAUAAAUUC